GAGGGCAUAGUGAAUCCAUCAGGGUUGCUACUGUUACACCGAAUGGAGCUGCAAUCGUUUCAGGGUCAGAAGACCGCACCUAUAAGAUAUGGAAUUUAAGCUCGCUACAAGAUGUUCCGGCUUUUAUUGGUCAUAAACAAGGAAUAAAUAGCUUGGAUGUGUCACGGGAUGGACGUCUCUGCGUCACAGCAUCAGAAGACUCAUURCUAAAGGUGUGGAAUUGUGAAGAGUUCAAAGAGGUUUGUGCUCUAUCUGGUCACGAAGGAGGCGUCCUCGCUGUCACACUACACCCUAAUUACCCUUUUGCAGUAUCCGGAGGGAAUGACUGCACCAUUAGAAUAUGGAGUGUUGAAGGUUUCCAUGAAACAARUUGCCUCAGAGGUCACCAACAUCCAGUCCAAGUGGUAUCUUUUAAUGAAGAUGGGAGUGCUUUUGUAACAGGAGGUAGAGAUAACACGAUUGGCGUGUGGGAUUGGGCCAGUAAGAGUAUCCAUGCCUGGCUGAAGGCUCCUAUAUUUGAUAUUACCCACAUAACUAUGAACACUCACUGCCUCCUGGUGGGUAACAAUCGACACUCUGUUUGGAAAUAUGCAGUUGACAAAGAAAAGGCCGCAAAGAUCAUGAAGCUUGGAGAUAUCGAUUUSCUGAAAAUGGUGAAAGAAAGAAAGCGAUGCGAGGAAGAAAAUGGCUCUUUUGUUGGAGACCCCUUACAAGGAACAAAAAGAGAAAUUCCAAAUGGAUGUGUUCCAUCCUUUUGUUCAUUGUUCACGUCUUCGGUGUCCAUUGGACCCGACAGYAGAAGUCAUCCUACCCUGUUGAUUAGAGAUGGAACGCGGCUCUUGUUUGGUAGUGUCAUGAGCACUAUGCCAUUGCGUUUCUUAGAUGUUGAAACAGGAAUGGAUAGUGGUCUCCAGAUUGAYAAAAAUGGGAAAACGCUCGUUACCGCUCUUGCUACGCACAGUGACGAAAAGGAGGUGCUUGUUGGUACAGAUCAAGGGAACAUCAUAAGAAUUGAACUAGAAUCGAAUGAGAUUUUACAAACGUAUGAACAAAAGCAAGUUCCUGGAUUCUCCAAGAACGCAUCUGUUACGGGGCUUGCCACAUCAGAAGAUGGAAAAUUCUUCCUCUCAGGRAACUCUGACGGAGAACUGUUGCUUUGGGAUGUUGAAAAAGUUGAAGGAAAACUUCUCAAAUCCUGCCUGCUGAGAAUCAGUGGCGUUUGUUUUUUAAAGGAGGACAGUUUUGCUGCUGCUGACGAGAACGGGUAUCUUCACGUUGUAUCGAAAGAUGGCCCAAAUCUCUCCAUUCUUGCUCACGACACCGCUGUAACAACUAUUACAUCGCGUGGCAUUCCCUCAGAAAACAGCACUCGAUAUCUCGCUACAGCCGCAUUGGGAACUUUGAAAAUUUGGAGUGUGAGUCAGCAUGGUUGUGCACUACAUUGCGAUCGUCAAAUUAGUUGUUCUGGUCUUAACAUAAGAACAGUUCACUUUCUCCCAAACUGURCAUCGCUCCUUACUGGCUCCGAUGAUAACGUUGUUAGGCUGUGGGACGUGAAAAAUAMAAAUAUUUUGAAGACAUUUGAGGCCCAGAGCUUUGGCAUUAACUAUGUGUCUAGCAUCAAAGACAGGGUGAUCGCUUGUUUUGAUGAUAGUUCUGCAAUAACCUGGUCKCUGGAGACUGGAAACUUGUUAGGUCGAAGUCAAGGGCAUCAUGGGCGAUACCACGUGAUCAGGACACUUCCGCUGAGUAACCAAGCCAUCACAGAUGGUUUUCACUAUACGCUGAAACGCUGGAGUACUGAACAAGGCACGUGUUGGUACGAACUGCCGGAACCGUUGGCGGAAUAUCAGCAUUCGAAUGAAGUUACUGCUCUAGCAGUUACGUGUGAUAGGAGUCUUUUGGUCACGGGGACUCGAGACAAGAUGCUCAAGYUAUGGAUGGUAGACAGCGGRSAAUGYUUGAGUGAGUUCUACUUGGAGCAUAGUGCACAGGUGAUCGCUUGCAGUGCUGAAGGACGCAUCUUUGUUGGACUAAGUGACGGGCAGCUUUGCUUCAUGAAAUUACGAAGUGGAAAAUAA